AUGUCAAUUACGAAAUCAUUAUCAUCCAAGGAAGUUAUUUCAAUUUUAUCCAAGUUCACUCCGUGUGAUGUUUCUGAUUCAUUAAAUAAACACGGAAUUGCUAAUGGAGGAUUCAUUCCAAACUUAACUAACCAAUCACCGGUAUUAAACACAGCAUCUUCUGUCGGGAAAGCCUACACAGUAUUGUAUGCUCCUAAAUCUGACCCUAGACCCGCAGUAAAACAAGCUUACAUAGAUCAGGUCCCAGAAGAUUCAAUUGUUGUAAUUGGCUUGCCAUUGGAAUUACAAACAGUGAACGCUCCUUAUGUCAAGGUCAAUAAUGCCUUGUAUGGAGGGUUAAUGUCAACCAGAGCACAAUACCGUAAAGCAAAUGGAUCGGUCAUUUUGGGCAGAAUUAGAGAUUUAGAUGAACACAAUGACUUGGGAUACCCUGUUUGGUCAUAUGGUGUUGGGACCAGUGCUCCUGGUCCAUUGGUCAAAGUAGUUGGCAUAAAUGUUCCAUUGGAAGUGAAAGUUGCAAGUUUGGACAAAGAUAGUGAGGUUUUAACUAUAAAUGCUGGUGAUUAUAUUAUUGCUGACAAGAAUGGGGUAGUUAAAUUAGAAGAUAAUGAGCAAUUGCAUAGUGUAUUAGAUUAUAUCCCCAAGAGAGUUGAUGCUGAUACCAAGGUCAGUCAAGAUAUCAAAGAUGGGAAACCUGCAGCCGAGUCUCAAAAGUUGUGGCGAAGCAAAAUAUAA